AACCGCUGACUGAGAGACACGGUUCAGACGUGGAAAGAGUUGAUUAUGGCUCCCAGAAAGCGCACUCAGAAUGCUAAAAGCAAGAAGAAUCCCAAAGCGCCCAAACUUGAGGCUUUUCUGCUGGAUUUUGAUGAUGAAGUUCACACCAUUGUGGAAAGACUGAAGGAGAAGACUAAUAAUCUGCUGAAAGAUGCAGAUAAUCUUUAUAAAACUGCUCUCAUUAAACUGCCCAUGGCGGUGAGGAAGAUGAACUGGAUCGAGUACUGCAAUCUAGAGAAGCCAAAGUCACCGGUGGAUGAUUCAAAGGUGAGGGAGGAAGCUGCCCAGGUAGAGCUUGCGAUUGCUGGGAAUCAUACUAUUCCUAAAGUUGCUGCAAAAGAAGCCAAGAGCAGCACAAACUCAGAAGAUGAAAACAUGGCACCGCUGAAGUCUACAAUGAAGAAGAAGAAGGCCUCAAAGAAAGCUCCUUCAACGUCCAAGAAGCCCAGAGCUCUGUCCAUCAGCAAACAGGGCGGCACCAUCCAAAGGACUACAAGGAAGCCUCUGAUCACUCCUGCUAGAAGUUUCCUGGACUCUUCAAUCAUCGGUGCCACACCGCUCAUCACGCCGCGCUUUGACCCCAGAUUGCCCAAGACUCCAGCAUUGAGAUCAGCUCUUCACAGAGAGAAGGUUUACAGCAUGUCAGUGAAUGGAUCUCCUCUGUCUGCCGGUGGAGAAGACAUCGUCAUCAGUGUCCCGAUCGGAAACGGAGAGUGUAUUCAGCUGCUGGCCAGUGAGAUGGACUCUGUGGAUCUGAGUCAGCUGGACGAGAAAGCUCUUCGCAGUAUCAGAAACCUGCAGAAUCGCCUGAUGACGCUCUGUGGAAGCUCAAAAUGAACUCUCUCCAGUUUUGUACAGCGGCCUGCGAUGUCUUUUCUCUUCCAGUAGUCAUUGUGUUAAUCCCAUUUUUAUUCUUGUGCUGUACCCGUCUGUGGCUUUUAUCAUUUUUAUGCUCAUGAGCUUUUACAAAGGAGAACAUGUAAAUACGUUUAGCUCCUCUUCAUAAUCUGUGUUUUACUGCCUUCAUGUAAAUAUGACCCUUAAAAAUAGACAAUUUCCACAUCUCCGCUUUCUCUCGCCUGUUUCUUCUCAUCUAAGAACAUCAGUAUGAGCUGCUGUUUUCCUGCUGUUCAUGUCAUUUCUGCAACAUCAGGCAAUUUUAAAGUGUGUUUCAGGUAAAAGUCAGCAAAUUGAUUUAAUUGUAGGUAUUUAAGUUCAUUUGUCCUGGAAUAUCAGUGAUUUGUGCCAAAUGGCAGAAGUCUUUAGCAUUUGUCUUGACAUAAGUCUGAAGUUUUUGUCAUAAUCGUCUUCAAAUUGUUUUAAAUAGUUUAAAAUAAUUUUGACUUGGUGAAACUUGCUGAAACCAUAAAAAUACACAUGCAAAUGUUUUUUCUGGGAACAUUUUUAUCGCAUAAAAAUGCAUUAUUUUUCCUGUGGUUAUGAGCCUGCAGAGCCAGACAGCACCUGUUCUGUUCUGUUCUGCAGUGUUGUUUGCCCUCUGGUGGCUCUGCUGCUGCUGCUGUUAAAUGUGGACGGAUGUCAAGAUGAAAAUGAAGUUGGCUUUAAUAUUAUGAAAAGGAGAAGCUGCCAGUUCUUCUGGCUGCUGUUUGAGGCCAGUUGGACAGAAAAUCUGCUGAAUUAUUGCAGAUAUCUAAAGUUUAGAGAAUUAUUCAUGCCAAAUGCAGAGUCAUCGAGCUCUGAAAAAGUUAAUCUGUUUGUAUCAUGCAUGAUUAUCAGAAUACAGACACUAAAUGACAAUAGUACAGGUACAUAAGCAUUUAAACUAAAAAUAUAGAUGUAUUUUUUCAGCUAUAUUCAGAACAGAAAUCAUGUCAUU